AAGUUGCUCUCUCUUUCCUCGUCUGGUCUUGGAUUCUCUCGCUGCUGCUGCUCUCUCUCUCAUGCCUGCUGCCAUUAAAGCUCAUCUUUAGAGCUAAAAUGGCCUUUCUCCCUUAGGUUUCUUCUGCAACUUUUUACUUACACUUCCGAGCUCGUCUUUUGCUGCCACAAACCUGUUCAUCAGUCUUUCGCAAUGAGGUCUUCGACUAGGCUUGAUUCAGCUACUUUUCAGCUCACACCUACUCGAACCAGGUGUGAUUUGAUUAUAUCUGCAAAUGGAAAGUCUGAGAAGAUUGCUUCUGGUUUGUUGAAUCCUUUUCUUGCUCACUUGAAGAGUGCACAAGAACAGAUGGCCAAAGGUGGUUAUUCAAUUAUUCUCGAGCCAGACCCUCGCAGUGAUAGAACAUGGUUCACAAAGGGUACCAUGGAGAGGUUUGUUCGAUUCGUAAGCACCCCCGAAAUCUUGGAACGAGUGUACACUAUUGAAUCAGAGAUCUUACAGAUUGAGGAGGCAAUCAUAAUUCAGGGCAACAAUGACAUGGGGCCGAAUGUUGUAGAUGACAACCAAGGAAAGCCUACAGAAAGCACCACGGAAGCAAGCAAAUCUGUUCUGGAUAGUAAUGAGGAGAAAGCCAUUGUUUUGUACAAGCCUGAUGCAACCCCUCUGGAGGCAAAUGGACAUACAGUGUCAGAGGAGAACUCAAAAGCUCAGCUUCUGAAAGUCCUGGAGACUCGAAAAACUAUGUUGCAAAAGGAGCAAGGGAUGGCAUUUGCUCGAGCCGUUGCUGCUGGUUUUGACACUGAUCAGAUGUCUCCAUUGAUAUCAUUUGCCAACAGCUUCGGAGCCUCACGUUUGAUGGAUGCGUGUGUAAAAUUCAAAGAACUAUGGAAAAGAAAGCAUGAAAGUGGCCAAUGGCUCGAAAUUGAAGCAACAGAAGCACUGUCCAGCCGGCCCGACUUCUCCCCUUCCACGAAUACAUCUGGCAUUAUACUUACAAGUGUGACCGACAAGCAGAAAGAAUCUAGAGAAGCAUGGUCCGAAUCUCAAAACGAACCAUCUCCAACAAAUAAGGGGAAUGCAGGUAAUGGUGCCAGUGCAGAUGGAAAUCCACCUAUGAUAUACCAGUCACCACCAGGCCAUCAAGAGUAUAUUCAAGGGCAGUAUCCUCAUCAUGUGUAUCCUCCAUGGCCCAUGAAUUCUCCUCCAGGUGCAUUACCUGUCUUUCAAGGGUACCCCAUGCAAGGAAUGCCUUACUAUCAGAACUAUGCAGGAGGUAGCCCUUUCUUUCAUCCACAUUAUCCAGUACCAGAGAAUUCUAGAGUUGGUGACGGGAAAAAAAUGGGAGGCAAAAAGCAUUCCAUGGAUGGUGGAGAUAACAUCAUUGAACUGGAAACAGGAACACCUGAUGAUUCAGAGUCGGAGAAAGAAGCUUCAGAAGAUUUGAGAAAAGCUGGCCGAUUAAGUAAAAAGAAAUCAGGUGUGGUUGUCAUCCGCAACAUCAACUACAUUGCAUCAAAGAGGCAUAACUCAUCCGGCAGUGAGACGGAUUCACCAUCCGGAAGCGAAAGUGGGGAAGAUGGAGAUUCACAGGUUAUUAGUCCGGAAAUUAAACACACGAAAUCUACUAGAUCCUCGAAGAGCAAAGGAAAGCAUCUAAGUUUUGGGGAUCAAUCAAACACUCCCGCAAAAACGGUAUCCCCAGAAGCAGAUGGACAUUGGCAGGCAUUCCAAAACCUUUUACUUCGAGAUGCCGAUGACGACAAACAUCAUGCCGAUCAAAGUAUGUUUACCAUGGAAAGGGAAACCAAGCAGAAAAGACGACAAAAUAAAGUUGGUGAUGAUCCAUUAAUUGGUCAAGGACGGGAUGGAUAUGAAAUCCAAGAAAAUGGUGCUACGGACAUUGAUAGAGUUGGUGGAAGAAUCAACCGCGUAUCAAGGGCAUCAAAUGACGAGUUAUUAACUUCUAGAAAAGAUAGUCUUUCUGGUGGGGACGGGCGUGCGAAUGUGCAGGCUACAGAACUAGAUGGAGGAAGACAUGGCUACAGAAGGCCCAGCAGUGAUGAUUUUAUGGUCUAUGGACAAAAAAGUCAUAAUAGUCACUCGAAUGCCCAUUUGGAUCCAUUAGCUGUAAAUAGCUUUGAUAAUGGAACAAAAAGCUUCGAUAAAAGUUACUCAAAUAAUUUGGAUGGUGAUUCUUACAUAGUUCAAUUGCGAUCGAUAUCAAUGGAUGCAAUUGGAAAGGAAGGCAGAAGUGCUGUGGACAUGGACUCUGAGUUUCCAUCUUCGUUUCAUAAUGCAGAAAACACGUCCAAUAGAGCUGUUACCUAUGAGCCAGAUGUACUGAAUCUGAUGCCAAAGCGUGAAACAGAAAGUGAACCUGCUGCUGGUUAUGAUCCUGCUUUAGAAUAUGAAAUGCCAGUCCGUUCUGGACGUGUAGCCGUUGUGGACAAAAAGAAGGAAGCGGUAACCGAUGUUAGGAAAGGGGCUAAAAAGUUGAACAAGGAUCAAAAAUCGAAAAUUACUCCUGAUAGAAAAACUGGGGGGCCAAUAAGGAAGGGAAAGCCUUCUAAGUUGAGUCCUUUAGAUGAAGCACGAGCACGUGCCGAGAAGCUAAGAACAUAUAAAGCCGAUCUCCAGAAAUUGAAAAAGGAGAAGGAGGACGAAGCAAUAAAAAGAAUAGAAACUCUGAAGCUAGAGAGGCAGAAGAGAAUUGCAGCUAGGGGCAAUAGUAUCACUGCUCAGUCAUCAUUGCCCUCUCAGCCAAUUAGAAAGCAACUGCCAACAAAAAUGUCACCCAACUCUCAGAAGGGAUCAAAAUUUAGCGAUUCUGAUCCAGGACCAUCGUCUCCUCUGCAAAGGUUUCCCAUCAGAACACCUUCCAUUGGUUCCAAUGAUUCCAACAAAGCUGCAAAACCCAGCAGGUUGAAUGGUGGAAGUCACUCGGCUGGAAACCGCUUGAGUCAAUCUGUACCUUCAUUGGCUAAACUAAAGAAAGAGAGCAGCGAUUCUACAAGUGACAAAAAAGUAUCCAUGGCUCGAAUUAGAAGAUUAUCGGAGCCAAAAAUGAGUACCAGCAAUCACGCUUCUUCUGUCAGGACACGGAGUGUCGAGCUAGCUUCAAAGGCAAAAAUAACCAAUGAGUCGGACAGCAAAAAAAAGAUAUCUGCCAUAAUGAAUUUGGAUAAGAGCAAGGCUGAAACUCUUCCAGAACUUAAAAUUAGAACACCUAAGGGACCUGGUACUACAGCUUCUGCAGGCGCUUCCAAUGGAAGAAACAAUGUCAAAGACUCACAUAAUAAUGAAGUGGAUGACAACCCUGUUGUUGAGAAGACUGUUGUUAUGCUAGAAUGUGGGAAGACCUCCAUCCAUACAGAUCUUGCUUCCGAAGACAAUCUUUACGAUCGAAGGACAUAUAGCAAGCAUAAAAUGGAGGGAAAAACCGAUGUCCCAUCCAAUUUUUUGGCCACUGAUGCUCCGAAUUCGCAAAUUAGAGUGUCCAAUCUCGAUAGAGAACCCAUCAAACACCAAUCACACGGUCAGUUGCAUUCUCAUGAGGUGACAGUGGAUAGUGCAGAUAAGGAAGCACAAAAAUUUUCUUCUCCGAGUAUGACUGAAAAAUCGUAUAAAGCUCCACAUGCUCGUGUUUCAUCUUUUGAAGAUCCUUGCACUCGCGUGUCAGAGUAUGCAAAAGCAACCCCAUCAAAUUUGGAGACUGCAGCAGCAUCCGGCACCGAUACCACCAAAGCUUACGUUUCGGAUUAUGGAAAUGUGCAAUUGGAAAAGAUUCCUGAAGCAUUAGAGAAGCCUGAGGUAAAAAAAUCAUCAAAAGGACUUAGACUAUUACUGAAGUUUGGGAGAAAGAAUCAUAGCUCAGCUACAGAUGAGCAUAGUGACGAAUCAGAUAAUAUCAGCGCAAAUAGUUCAGAAGCCAAUGAUGUUGGGACGAAUACCACUUCUAAUGAAGUCCCUACACUGAAAAAUCUGAUCUCUCAAGAUGAAACUCCCACUGCCAGCAAAACUCAGAAGUCUCGUGCAUUUUCCCUGCUAUCACCUUUCCGAAGCAAGAAUAGUGAAAAGAGAAGCUGAUAAGAUUACAUGACGCGAUUUGGUGGUUCUGUUAGGUGUGUAAAGUUGUGGAACCAUCAAGUACAAGCUCGUCUUUUGCGUGGCGCAAGCCUGAUUGGGUUAUGAAGGAGGAUACAACGGUUUGUUUUUUUAUUCUUUUCCUACUGUGGCUAUAUAAAAAAAUUUUCCAGUAACAUUAUCGUAAACAUGGUCAUUAUUGUAUAUUUUUACAUGUUUGUUUCAGUGAUGAAUUUCCCUGUAGUAGUAGUAUCCAUUAUGGUUUAUUAAAUGAAAACAAGUUUCAAAUUAUGCAA